GCCCAUAAAGAACCCUUUCUCUAGCGAGAGGUCGAUCUCUGCUGCGACCGAGGGAGGGAAGCUUUCGAAAUCGAAGAAAGCAAACAAUGGCGGCUAACUGUGUGAGGCAAACCCUACGAGCAUCGUCGGCUUCUGCAAAAUCCCUUUGGAGUUCUUCUCCUGCAGCUUUCGCUUCAAAAGCUUCUAAGUCCACUGGACUCGGCGCUUCCAAGCCCAACUUAGCUUCUCCUUCACCUUUUCACAAACUCAAUUCCUUAAGGCUUCCGGUGGAGUUAGCUGGCUUGCAGUCUUUGAUGCCCUUGCAUAGUGCUACUGCUGCAGCCUUGUCCACAUCUUUGCUUUCUUUGCACAAUAACAAGUGGGGUUGUCUAUCAGAAGGUUUUGCCACCCCACUAUAACAGGACCGAUGAGCUUGAGUUAUAGGUAUAAACCAGAGACAGUUUUCUGUUUUGUAAUGUUUACAUUUGAGAUUAAUGUAACUCCAGGAAUGAGAUAGAUUGUUACAUUGUUUGUUUCACUGGUUUUGUGACAGAGACCUAUGUUGUCAUUCUUUGAGUAUUUGGGCAAGGGAUCAUCAAUACCAACAAACACUGGAUAAGCUUGUAAUUAGCUUAUUUCAUUAGUAGUACAAAUAAAAUUAUAAAUUGAUCAUUUUUGAACACGUAUAUUUGUCAAUGAAAAACCAAUUAAUAUCUGAUCAUGUAUGCAUAUUCAUCUUAUGAUGAGACUGUUGUAUAUUUUUCAUGGUUGAUAUGUUCUUUUGGACUCAAA